AUGUCGCUCGUGUAUCUACCGGAGGAGACCUGGUCGAUGCGCUACGGCUCCGACUACUUUACAGUGGCGAUCAUCACAGUCGUCGUAAAGGAGCACGAGUUCGCGCUGUACGAGCUCCAGGUCCAGAACGGGCGGCGCACGUGGAACGUCCGGCGUCGCUUCAGCGAGUUCGACAAGCUCCAGGCGAGUGUGCGCUUCAUUGCAGGCGCGCGACUGCCCGAGCUGCCGCCCAAGACGUACUGCGGUCGGGACCUCAACCCGGACUUUCUGGCCCGACGCAAAGGGCUGCUGCAGGGGUUUCUCCAUCACAUGCUGCGGAUCCCUGGAGUCGCGAAUGACGACCACGUGCGCAAGUUCCUUGGUCUCAAGCUCUCGACUGCGCUCUACGUGUGA